CUAAAAAUAUUAAUCAAACUUUUCUCUUCAACUUAAGAUGUCUCACGACAGUCUAUCGCUGCCAGUUCAGGAAUUAUAGGCAAAACAAAAUGAUGGAAAACCGUUAUGGAAUUCUGUUACGAUAGCAGAGUUAGCUGGCCUCGCCGUCCUGUUCAAAAUCUUUUUUAUUCCAUUCGGUUCUGCUCAUCCCAGACAGAAUGGUAUAGCCUACAAAUCUGACAGACAACAAAUUUUUCUUUAAAGUUUCCUCUCCUUAAUAACAUCUCUGAAGAAUUCAAGAUUUCGAGUUCGAGUUGAAAUAGUGGCGGAUCCAGAAAAUUUUUUCGAUGCUAGCGGAUUUGGACAAAAGAGCAAGUUUAGCAACUUUGCUUAGGAGUUUCUAGAGGACACGAAUUUUUCCUAUUUUCCUUUAUUCAAGAAGGAGAGUAUAAUGGUAUGAAAUCAAAAAUUUCGGUGCUGGCAGCCGCCGGCACUCUAAAUCAGUCGACAUUUCAUUGAACGAUUUAGAGUUAAAAGUGUAUCUUUGUACAAAAAAGUAUUGGAAUGAUAUGCUAUGUUAGCUGGACUUUUUGCUAUAAUUAGCAAAGAUGACGAUAUGAUAAUAUAUUUUCUUUUUCAGAUAAAUGUCUCAACCGACUGUUCUAAUUCCAUCGUUACGUAUUGCGGCUAAAGAUUUUUUUAAGAUACGAAAAAAUCGUUCUGAUAUUCUACCAACAAUCACUACUCACGAACAAGUAAACAUCAUUUUGUCUAUAUCUAUCAACUUCUACUAUUGUUUUCUCUUCUCUAGAUUAAAUGCGAAGAAAGUGUUGAAAAAAUUUAUAAAGAUUUUCUAUCUUAUCAACAUCGUGAACAAGGUAGUAUUACACUAUAUCGAGAACAUCAUGUCAGAUAUUUAUUAAAAGCAUUAAGAAGUUUACCGCAGGUUCAGCAGUCGUUGGAUGCUAGUCGUCCAUGGUUAAUUUAUUGGAUUAUUCAAUCAUUAUAUUUAUUAAAUGAAAAAUUAUCCGAUGCAUAUGUAAAUGAAAUCUGUGAUUUUCUUCAACGAUGUCAAAAUCCAGAGGGUGGUUUUGGCGUAGGUGGACCCGGACAAAUACCUCAUUUAGCACCCACAUAUGCAGCAGUGAAUGCUUUAUGUAUAUUACAAAGUGACAGAGCCUAUGACGUUAUCAACAGAGAAAAACUUGCUAGUUGGCUACGUGAAUUACGAUCAUCAAAUGGAAGUUUUAGUUUACAUAUUGAUGGAGAAAGUGAUAUACGUUGUCAAACAUAUGAGGGAGGUUUUGGUGCUGUGCCUGGUUGUGAAGCACAUGGAGGUUAUACAUUUUGUGGUUAUGCAACAUUACUAUUACUUCAACGAGAAAAUUUAUGUGAUAAGGACAAUUUAUUAAGAUGGACAGUUAAUCGUCAAAUGGAAUUUGAAGGUGGAUUUCAAGGACGAACAAAUAAAUUAGUUGAUGGAUGCUAUUCAUUCUGGGUUGGAGCAUUAUUUCCAUUGCUUGAUGCGGCAGAAAGAAAACUGGAACAUACAAUAGUUCGUGAUGAACGAAUGUUUGAUUCUGUUGCUGCACAAGAAUAUGUGUUACUUUGUAGUCAAUCAAAUCUAAGUGGAGGAUUUACCGAUCGACCUAAAGCGAAUUCACAUAGUAGUGAUUUAUAUCAUACAUGUUAUUGUUUAAGUGGUCUCAGUUUAUUUCAACAUUCUUUUAACAAAAAUAUUAUUUGUGGAAAUAUUGAAAAUGCUGUUUGUGAAACUCAUCCGUUGUUUAAUAUUGGACCUGAAUGUGCUUAUGAUGCUAUGCAACAUUACAAACAACUUGAUGCUUCAUCAUCAAAUCAAAAUGAAUCAGUAAACGAUAAUUAA